AAAUAUAGAGCUGUGACAUGAUAGAGACGAUCCGCAAAUGUGAGUGAAUCACGGAAAGACGACAGCUAGCGUAACAAUUACAAUCAUCAAUAGCAAAACAGAACAACAAAAAGGAAGACAUUCUUACAUACUACAACAUUCGUUCUUCAUACAUAAAUAUUAAAUUCCUCUAAACAAAGGUUGUUGUGGGUAAAUAACAACAAUACUUACUUUGAAUAAAAAAAAUAGCAACACGCACUUUAAGAUAAAAAAUAAAAUCAAAUACGAAAUGUUACACAUUAAAUAAUUGCUAAAAGAACGAAAAUAAUCAACAACAUUUGAAAUGCUAAAACGCACCAAAUCAAAUCGUUCUCAAAGAACGAGCAGAAGGCCCUCUUCGCACGGUGGCAAUAGUGGUAAAUUAGGGCCACAGCACCAGCCGACACGUUUGGAGUUGGUCGAUGAUAAAAGAUGUAGUGAUGAUGAUUCUUCACAAUCUUCCGUAACGGGGGCACCAGUAUUUGCUUCUGUCCAUAAGCCCAGACAUGUGGGCAUAAAACGAAAUGAAAAUAACACUGCUGCAGCCACCAACGCUCCUUCCACCAACACAACAAACAACGGAACUACAGCAGCCAUCAUCAUGCAGACAGGGAAUAAUGCAAUGCCAAUGCAAAGGCCAAGUUAUCAACAAUAUCAGCAGCAAAGAAGAAUACAAUUUCAACAGCAGCAGCAGCAACAACAAUUGCAAAAACAAAUGCAACUACAACAGCCAUAUCAAGUUGUAAAUGUUAGCAACGUACAAAUGAGUGCACAGCAACAUCAACAGCAAAAAUUACAAAAACUUAAAGGGUCAACAUAUGAAUUGCAUUUUCAGCAACAACAACAACCAUUGCAGCACCCUCAACAGCAGCAACAUCAACAACAGCAGGGAGUAAAUCACAUACAGUAUUUGCCAGCUGGAACUGCAAACACGAAUUUUGCUUCUAAUCGUUCAAGUAUUGGUCAGAUACAACAACCACAACAUUCAAACAAGACCCGCAUACCAAUACAACAUCAAAAGAUGACACCACCACAUCAACAACAACAACAUCAGCACCAACAGCUACACCAGCAACAUCAACAGCAAGCAACAUUCAAUCAGAUUUCCAAAAAUGCCACUAAUCUAUUGAAUGAUAUUUACGAACGUAACUUGUUGAGUCACACAACAUUUCAGGAAACUGAGCAAUAUCAACAUCAGCAACAACAACAGCAUCAACAACAACACCUACAAUUUGCCACCCAUCAACAGCAGCAUUUACAGCAGAAAACCCUGAAUAGAGCUCAAAUACCUUUGACCAGCAAUUUACAAAACUCUGGACAAAUUUGGUUGCAUAAGAAUCCCAAACCUCAAAUACAUGCCAUGAAAUUACCUACACCACCUGCCCAAACAACAGCAAUACAACAACAACCUCAACAGCAACAAGCAGCUGUAACAUACCAACUUUCCGAUUCCUAUGUGGAUCCUGUGGAUACCAAAAAACAUUUCCUAUUCGAUGCCCACAAUCAUCAGCCUCCACCACCACCGGCUCCACUAAAUCAUGUAUAUGAAACUAUUAAGGAAAGACCACCCAUGCCGCCACCACCUCCAGAACGCAAUCAAACUAUUAAUAAUCCACCUCCAUUACCGCCUUCUAGACUUUUAAAAAAGAAACUGAUGGCAGCGGCGGCCAAUAAUCAGGGUACCAUUUCCAAGACCCACAAAUCACAUAAGAAAUCGGCUCAUGAUAAGGACUUGGAAAGGAAAACCCAUAACAGUAAAAUGUUGCACAUACAACCGCCAGCCUAUGUAGCCCCACCACCACUAUUAGCCAAUGGGGGAAACAAAGCACCCAACCAAUAUCCAUAUAGUUUACAACAAAGAACCAAAGCGGAUGGAGAGCAUAGAAGUAUAUUGUAUCAGCAGUUAAGGGAACAAAAUCAAAAACAACAGCAGCAACAACAACAAAAUAAAACUCUCACUCCUCAUGAAGUUAAUGAAAAAGUGCAACAACAGCCAUCAGGUAGUAGUAGUUGCAUAAACAAACAUGUUGUCCUUAAACAGCAACAGCAUCCGCAGCACUCACAACAACAACAAAGCACGCGUGAACAUCCUUUAGGUGCUCAUGAUGAAAAUCUCAUGCAAGUUACCCCCCUACCAACACAAAAUACCAACAAUAACAACUGCAACAAUACUCGUACUCCCACUGCCACUUCCACUGUCAGCCAGGAGAUGAUGAUGAAUAUUACAUUGGAUGAACAUGAUGCCCCACUUUCGGUUGAGCAUACUUUACAACAAGCCGGCUUAUUGCCACAGCCCUCAUCCUCUUCAGCUGCUACUCAGAGUGGCAGUAACAACAACACUAUCAGCAGCAACAUCAACAGCAAUAAUAAUCGCAACAAUAGACCUUCCGCCUUGCCUAUCGUAUUCGAGGAGGAUACCGGAGAGUUCCAGGAUGUUUUAGUGCUUGAACAUGAUGGCACAGCCAAGUUGCCAUAUCGUCAUGGUAAAAAAAUUGAAGUCAGUCUUGAAACGGCACAGGCUAUGGCAGCGGCUGCCUAUUAUGCCAGAGCGGCACAAAAACUUGCACAAAGUACAUCAACAAAAUCAUCAGCACGCACCAACGAUAUGACAAAUACUUCCGCACGCAAUGGUGGCUUUUGUGGUGCCUUACAGCGGGCGCCACCGCCCAUGCCGCCCGGACUAGCGCGACGUUUAGCCAACAAAGAAAAUUAUGGUAUUGGCAAGGUUAAAGUGAUGUUAAGAGUUGCUGAUACUCAUAACGAUUUAGAGCAGCCCCAUUUCAUGACUGUGGAUAAGAAAAAGCGACAAGUGACUUUAACAGAUCCUGCAGCUGCCUGCAAUGUGGCGGCUUCCACAUCCCAGGAAAGAGGACCCAUGGUGGCGGCUCCCAAAAUGUUUGCCUUUGAUAGUUUAUUUGCGGCAGAAGAUCAACAGUCUGAUGUUUGUGCAUCUGCCUUGUCUGAAGUAAUCCCUGCCGUUUUAGAAGGUUCCGAUGGCUGUCUGCUUACCAUUGGUUAUCCCAGUUCCGGUCAGUCGAAGACAAUGUUGGGCGGUGUUAAUCCUCCCACUGAAUUAGGUGCCAUUCCCUGUGCCAUUUCUUGGUUGUAUAAGGGCAUUAACGAUCGUCGCCAAAAGAGUGGUGCACGUUUUUCGGUGCGUGUUAGUGCUUUGGGCGUGAGUGCCACAAAACCAGAUUCAACGUCAAAAGAUUUGUUAGCAGCUCAUGCAACGGACUCUGAUGACUCUCCAGGGGUUUAUUUGCGUGACGAUUUUCUGGGUGGCCCUACGGAGUUGCGUGCCCCCACCGCUGAACGUGCUGCCUUGUUCCUAGAUGCUGCUUUAGCUGGAAGACCACAAGGUGGUCUUGAGCCUGCCAUGAUAUUUACCCUGCAUGUCUAUCAAUACAGUUUAUCACGCAAGGGUGGAGUGGCUGGUGGCAGAAGUCGUUUGCAUCUUAUCGAUUUGGGUGGCUGUGCCAAUCGUAGUGGUGGUCUUCCUUUAUCCGGCAUUGGUAACAUUUUGCUGGCCAUAUUAAGUGGUCAACGUCAUCCACCCAAUAAAGACCAUCCAUUGACGCCACUAUUGAAAGACUGUCUAGCACCGUUGACAUGUCAUGUCGCCAUAAUGGCUCAUGUUAUGCACACCCAGUCGCAUACGGAUGCCUUAACGACCAUACAAUUAGCCUCACGUAUUCAUCGCAUGCGAAGGCGAAAGCAUCGUUUUCCUAUGGGUGGUGAUAAAUCAGGAGUGGGUGGUUUGGCAAAUGGCAUGAAUGCUGGUCAUCAAUCUACUGGCUCAUCUGCUGGUUCAGGUGCUGACCCUUCUAGUUCAGAGCUGUCGGCAGACACAGUCAUUUAUAUGGGACCUAGUGAUGAUGCCACGGAUGGUGAACAUCCUCCUGUCUAUUUGCCAUCCUUAAGUUGUGGCGACCAGCGUGGUGUGAUGAGUAAGGCUUUGAAAGGCAGUGGAGUGGAAAAACAACAACCCAGUCCUUCUAAAAUACCUGGUUCGGCCAAAAAGGUGGUGGCCCAAAAGACACCACAAAGUCCUGUAGUGGGUGCUGGUCGUACUGGUAGUUUAAAACGCACAAAUCAUGCUAAUAGUCCAACGCAUCAAAACAAUGUGGUGAACAGUAGUACUCAGCCUAUAUGUGAACAACCUCAAUUUUAUUCUCCAGUGCACAGUGUGAAAACUUUACCAAAUUCUGCCUCAUCACCCAAAAUAGUAGCGGGUGCUUUAAGACAUCCUGGUAUGACCAUGAUGUGUAAUAAAGCCUCUAAUGUUCCUUCGCCCAAAGGGUCUCCUCUAAGAAGACCGGGAGUAGGUGGGGUUGCAGCAGCCCCCAAUGAAGCUGGCGAGUGUCCGGGCAGUCCUAUGCGUAAAAUCACCGAAGAACAGUGGAUUGAUGGUCCUCGUGUAUCGCGAGCUAAAGUGGCCGAAGCCAGACAUCUACUGCGUGAAGUUAAUCAUGUGAAACAGUGUGAAACCUGGAUAGAUGGUCCCAAAUCCCAAUCCAGCCGUUCUCUUACAGCUGGCAAUCUUCCUAUGGCUGCUUCCCAAGUACAGGGUUAUGGUUUUAUGGAUUCCCAUAAAAAGUCUAUGAUACGACAAUGGGUGGAGUAUCAAACGUCUCAAGUCUUCCAAACCGCCUCGGCUGGUUCUUCACCUACACACACGCACAGAGAACAACAGGCUCAGCAUUUACGCAACAUUACCUACCACAUGUCACAACUCAAACAAAAGUCUCUCGAUAAUCCCGAGGAUAUUUAUGCCACCAGCACCAGACAACAACAACCCCCAACUGGAGAUCAGCAUUCGUUGCGCAGCAGUCAACUGGAAUUGGUUAAUCCCAUUGGGCCUGGACUCAUUAACAAUAUGGACACCACAAACGCUUCCGCUCCCGCUGAAAUAAGAGAAGCUCAUCAUUAUCGUCAAAAUUCCGGCCAUUCUCAAGCACCUCUAAGCUCACAUUUACCGCAUAACGAGACCUAUAUCAAUGAAGAGACUGAUUUACAUUCAAUACAUUCGCACGCCAACAAUCUGUAUGGCUCGCUGGGUCAUCAUCAUGUCCCACACAUACCCACUGCAUCGGCUUCCGACACCAAUCUACCCUGUGAUCGACAAGGUGAUUGCGAUGAAGAUCAAGAUAGUGGUCCUUCGGAAGUUCCUCCCGCUUUACCUUUAAUAGAGCCUUUGGGUUCGCGGGAAAUCUCUCACGAGAGUUUGCAUCGCAUAUUAUCGCGUCAUGUGUCGCGUGAGUCUCUUUAUCAGCAGCAACAGCAUGAAAUCAGACGACAGGAAGAACAGCUGGUGCAUCGUCAACUGUCGAGACAAUCUUCGCAUCAUUACUCACAACAAAGUAUGCAGAUGUCGGAUUGUGGUAUGCAGGUGACGGAAGAGGAGAUUGCUCGGACCAUGGGUGUUGGAGAACAUCCUUUGGCUGCUUUGAGUCAUGUGGAAAAUAUGUCCAUUGUUUCGAGUUUCAAUAUGGCUGGCGAUGCGUUUAGUGAUUGCGCCAUGGGUGAAAGAACGAGGAACCAAUUUGACCAAUUAGCGCGUCUACGUGAGAUAUUUACCUCACAGCUAGCCAUGGCCGAAGUAACACCAGUCUUUCGCAGCGGUUGUGAUGUGGGCAGCGUUUACAGUGAACCAGCCUAUCGUUUUAACACUGGACCAGGCAGUGUGUGCAGUGAACCUCCUUAUCGGUCACCAAGUCCAAGACAGCCCUCUCGAAGUCCCAGUCAAGGCAGUCUACCCAGCCUAAAUGGCAUUAUGCAAAUAGCGGGCAUGGAACAGUAUGCUUCCUUACGUCAUCCAGAUGGCGCCUCUGAUCCCAAUUUACCGAAAGUGGAAAAACCUUUUGUUUUGGAACAUGAAGACAUCUGUGAGGUGGACGAAAAGUCAGCCUUACUCUCACCCUCCAAGCGAUCGUCGUUGGAAAACGAAGAAGAACAUGAUGAUGUUGUACUCGUACAACUAAACACCUCUCUACCCAUAACCAAUCAAUCCCAAUUACCUCUAUUACCCCUAAAUACCUCAUCGGAAGCCUAUGACAGUGGUCAUGACUCUUCCACGCCCCGCACAUCAAAGCAUUCGGGCAUAUCAAGAAGAGCGGAAAGUGGCUACCAUAGUGUGGCAACGGCCAGAGAUAGUGAUGAGAGUAGCUUUACUUCCGGUCUAUCUAAAGAGCAUCACAAUCGUAUAACGGUGAAGAAGAAACGACAGGAUAAAGGUUUGUGUACUUGGCUAAUAAAUCCAUUCACUUGUACUUAUCCAGAGACUGAGGGAGAAAUAAGCGAUUUUUAAAUUUGUGUUGAAAUGAAA